AUGCCACCAAUUAGAGAGCAUCAAACUUCACCUUCUUCACAGCACCAGCCAAAUGCUCAUUCUUCAGGCGAAGAAGAUCAUUCGUCAACAAAGAGUGAUAAGUCAAAUUCAUUGUUAUUAGCUGAUAAAGACCGUAAUAGACGUGGUAAAAGAAGUCCAAGCAUAAACACUAGAGCUUCGAGAGUAGGCGUGACGAAUUUUAUAAAUGUGAUAAAAAGUUUACAUCCUGGUGAAUCAAUAAAUUACUUUCCUAUAACAAAGGAAACUUUACAGGAAUAUAUUGAUUCGAAAAGAAAGGCCCUCAUAAAAGCCGGUUCUCUUGAACAAUAUUUACAGCAUAUUCAAGCGUAUAACAUUGCCCUUGGCUUUGGUUGGGACGGACACGUAUUUGGUCCAAUCAUCAAAAAAGCUUUGGACGAAUUAAGAAAUUACGAAGACGAGAUUUCCUUAAAGACCGGAAAUGUCUUGAUCGUCUCUUCAAGCCAACCUCAACAACCUACUUUAAUAAAUUCUGCAAUUUCACAACAAUCAAAUCCCUUUUCGAAUUCUUUAGAAUCUAAUUUUAAUUCAUCACCUGAUGCUGAUGUUAGAUUGGAAAACUUAUUUACAAUCGAUGAAGAUGAUACUAUGAACGAUGACCUUCUCGAUGAAGUUUUGUCUAUUGAAGAACAAGAAAAGAAUUCAAAGAAGGUGAUACAUGUGGUCUGCUUUGAUGCUUCGACCAUUCCUUUCGUUGUACUGGAUCAACGCGCUAAAAUUUUUCUGGACAACCUAAACUCUCCUGAUCCGACGCAGAAUCUUCGUCAACUGUAUGCUAAUGUGUCUUCUGCGAACUUUCCUAAAUCGUGGGGUGAUGUCGAUUUAAAGCUCCAUUAUAGAGUGGAAUCUCGCGAAGAUGCUCAUCACUUUAGUUUAAGUGGUGAACCUUCUUUUGUUCAAUUUUGGUCAAAGUUUAACGAAUUUGGAAAUGAUGUUCAACUAAUCGUAUAUCGAAAAUUUUCAAUAGUUAACACUUCCCAAAGACGUUUCCAUGCUAGUCCCGAACCAAUACUUCCAAGUCGCCCAUCCUCUCCACAUCCAAUUCAAAGCUCUCUUGAUUCUCAAACAUUAAAAUCCGUUACAGUUCGUUCCAAGGCUAGGAUAUACAAACAAAAGAUCGCAGUUUCAGAUACUACAACGUUUACUUCGCUUAUCUCGUUCGCAAUUAAAGUACCUCCUCCGGUUGGUAAACAGUUUGUGAUUAGAGCUGCGGAUGGGGUACUUGAGUAUAUGCCUGGUGAUUUUGUCCGAGAAGUAAUUACUGGGAUUGAGCAUACCGAAAUUCUUAUAUGUCUUGAGGAUGCCGGUCCUGUGAAUUUCGAUUACUUUUAA